UUAAUCCAAGAAACCAUCUAUAACAAAUUAUUAUGCCAUGUUCACAUACUACAUAGAAUCCAUGAAAGUUCAUUAGUAGUUACCGGGAACAUUGUUCUGCAGUUUCGUUUAAUUCAGCUAUAUGAUCUUAAGCAGCAAGGUUUCAAUCGAAAGGCAGGAGGUGAAACAAAUGGUGGUGGCUACUCUUGCUGAGUCCGGCAUGAACCUGUCAGACGAAAUCAUAGAGAGUCUAAUUGACAAGACGUUUGAGGAGGCUGACACAAAACAGGACGGGAAGAUCGACAAGGAAGAGUGGAGGACCCUUGUUCUUAGGCAUCCUUCUCUUCUAAAGAACAUGACUCUCCAGUAUCUCAAGGAUAUCACGACUACAUUUCCGAGCUUUGUGUUCCACUCAAUGUCCAGAGAUUUAGUAAACUGA